AGCUUUUUAAAUAAUUUUAAGGUGUAGAAUAAAGCAUAUGUUCACCUCCCUCUCUCUCUUUCUCCAUAAUAUACAUAAUGGAGGUUAUAAAGAAACUCCAACUAGCUUAAUUUUUCUAUUCAUUAUGAGUAGGUGAACUUUCAAGUCCAUCCCUCUCUCUCUCUCUCUCUCUCUAUAUAUAUAUAUAUAUAUAUGUAAAGUAAUAUUUUCUGCGAGUGCUAUAAGUCACAAAUACUUGAAUCUUUUUUGGAUAUUGAAAAUGGAGAAAGAAAAAGAAGGUAGCAAGAGUAAGAAAGUGAUGGUAGCCAUAGAUGAGACUGAGAGCAGCUACAGAGCACUCAUAUGGGUGCUUGAAAAUCUCAAAGAAUCAAUCUCAAAGUCUCCUCUUGUCAUCUUUGCAGCUCAGCCUCUUCCUAAUCAUGUCGUCUCCAGUGCCGGAAUAGUCGGUUUUGGUCUCCUCUACUGCCCUUUAUCACCCACUGCAGCUUUGAUCAAGAGGAGCCAAGAUUUAAACAGAAAAGUUUCAUUGGGGCUCCUGGAAAAAGCAAAGAGCAUAUGUGCCAGUCGUGGGGUGGCUGUAGAAACAUUUACAGAGACUGGAGAUCCAAAAGAGACCAUAUGGAAUAUGGUUCAAAACUACAAAAUCGAUCUACUUGUUAUGGGUGACUCUGCUUAUGGAAGCCUCGGCAGGGCUUCGCUGGGGAGUUUGAGCAGUUAUUGCUUGACUAAUGCUAAAUGUCAUGUUCUUGUUGUGAAGAAAACAGAAUAAAAGACAGAACAAAUCUUUUUUGAGGAUAUUGAUGACAUUCAGUCACUGUACGUACGUUGAAACAUAUUGAUUUGUAUUUUUCCAUGGAUGCUUAAUUUAUUUCAAGUUGUAAAUUAUCGAUAAAAUGGACAUGUUAUUAUC